AUGCCUUCGCAACCCCCACUACCGCCCCUCCUUGCACCAUAUCUAUCAACAUUGCCCGAAUCAUCAUUGACAUUGGCAUCAUCUAUCCUUGGUGCAACUUCGAAUUGGUUGGUACUGAGAUUCUUGCAUGCUGCCUUAAGCUCGCCAAGCCUCAAUCCGGCAUUUGGCGCAGAUGAACUGCAAAACGGAAUCAAGAAGAAAGUGGUACUCGUGAGCUUCUUACGGAGUCAUGAUUUCUGGAAGACAGAGGCGAAGCGAUUGGGCCUCGACCUUGCUCGUCUAGCAGACAAACAACAAUUUGCAUUCAUAGACGGUCUAUCUGAGCUAUUCUACACCCCAGAUGCAGCCACUCCUAAGACCUCCCCGACUGCUCUUGGGAGCAGCCCCCGCACAACCCUUCCUCUCCGCUCUCCACCAGGAGCAGUGCCUGGAAGGGGACCGCCACCAGCAGCGACAGCCCCGAGAGGCAAUCUCCAAGUGACGCGAGCCCAGGCAGAGCCGGGCAUUGCGAAAAAGCUGCAUUUCACUGGCCGUGGCCUCGCGGCCCUUGACCUAAUGGAGAAGGACAUCAUGUCUGUUAUUGAACAGCAAAAAUCUUCAAUGGAGGAUGGAGAGGAGCUAGUUCUCAUUCUAGACCAGCCUGACCUAUUGCUUGCUGCGACGGGACCAGGCAUGGGUAUUGGAGCUACAGAGAUGGCAGAGUGGGUCACAGGGCUACAGCAGCAUGCACACGCUACGGUCCUAACGCUGGCUACGGAUGCCCCGCUGAUACAUAAUGCAUCUGUAUCGGCAGGACAGUUGGCUACAACAAUUGAGUCGGAACAUGCGGCAUUCGCUAUUGGGUUGGCGCAUCGGGCUAGGUCGGUAAUGCAACUCCGCACUCUGGAGACUGGGGCCGCGAAAGAUGUGAGUGGGGUGCUGAGGAUCAGUCGAGGUGGCGGAUGGAGUGCCGGCGAAGAAGAAAGCUUGGAAGAGAAGGAAGUUCUCUACUUCAUUCAACGGGAUGGUGGCGUCAGUGUUUUUGGUCGUGGGGAAUCAUAA